CAGGAGGGGGAAGAGGAGGAAGGAACGAACCAAACAAAAUGGCGGCGGCCGGGGCGGACGAGAAGGGGGACUGAGCCGGGGCUGCUGGGGCACGGGGCACUGCCGACAACGGAAGGGGCUUGAGGACUGGGGGAAGCGGCCGGCGCGGCCCACCUGAGGCGCACGCUUGGCUUUCUGGGGAGGCGCCGCUUCUCGAACUAUCCCCCUUCGUUGACACCUGCACCCUGGCCGAGGCUUAUUUGUGUGGAGGGGGGUCUGCGUGGGUCGCUCUUUCCCUUUGCCUUCUGGCCGAAAGCUUUCGAUCCCCCCCCCCCCCCAAUUUCGCGAGCCUGUUGUGGGGCAGGACUGCCUCCCCUUUUGAAAGGGGGGUAAGUCUAUGUAGGGGGCUCUGCCCCAUCUGUGGCUAGCCCUUGGAAGCUGCCCUCUUCCCCUCCCCACCUUCCAGAUUGCCGCCACCCUGUGAGGUAGGCACUCCCCCACCCUUCCCCUCUUGGGCAAAGUUUUUCUUCUUGCCACGCUAUCCCAUUUCAUAGGUUGGUUGUAGUUUUCUCCUCACUGAAGUAUUCCUUCUACUCAGUCAUAAACCUUUUGAGGUAGGUCUCCCCCCUCCCACACACACGCACACUUUGAACCCUCUGGCAAAGCUGCUCCCCCCCCCCCCCCCCCGGCAUCCUCCCAUUUAAAGCAAGGAGCCUUAUCACUCCCCCGGUUUGUCCAUCUCUCCAGGUUGGGGUGCUUUGAGCCUCCUUAUCGGCUGUGCCUUCUCAGAGUGGAAGUUGAUUCGUCCCCCAAAGUUGAAUUUUUGUGUGCUGGACUGUCAUCAGAACCUGCUUUUGAAAGGGGACUUGAGGAACACUUCUCUCCUGCUUCUUCAAAACCUCAGGAUGUCAGAGAACCAAGCCAACCAGCACCAGCAUCCCAUGAACAAUGCUGCAGGAGGUCUUCCUGCGGGGAACCGAGGGAUCCGCAACCUCAACCAGAACCCCCUCAUCAACGUCCGUGAUCGCCUCUUCCACGCGCUUUUCUUCAAGAUGGCUGUCACUUAUGCCCGUCUCUUCCCAUCAUCGUUCCGUCGCAUUUUUGAGUUUUUUGUGCUCCUGAAGGCCCUCUUUGUGCUCUUCAUCCUGGCCUACAUCCACAUCGCCUUCUCCCGCUCGCCCAUCAACUGCCUGGAGCACGUGCGGGACAAGUGGCCGCGCGACGGCAUCCUGCGGGUUGAGAUCCAGCGCAACUCCAGCCGCGCCCCCAUCUUCCUCCAGUUCUGCGACAACGACCGGUACCCGGGCAUGGUUGUCGAGACGCCUGCGAUGGAGGAGGAGGAGGAGGAGGAAGAGGAGCUGUCCGUGGAGAUGUUUGAAAACAGCUCGGUCAAGUUCGACCUGGCCGUCGAGCCCAACAUUUUUGCCAAGCCUUCUCGGCUGAGUGGCGCCAAGGUGCUGUCCCCCAACGAAAGCCAGGAGUUCUCCUUCAGUGGCGAGCCGGCGGCUUCUAAAGGUAUGCAGCCUCUCAGUGAGCCUGUGUCCAGCUUAGAGAUGCUAGCCAAAGCAGUCUGGCCACAGGACGAGUACAUUGUGGAGUAUUCCUUUGAGUACGGGUUCCUGCGCUUAUCACAGAGCACCCGCCAGCGCCUCAGCAUCCCCGUCAUGGUGGUCACACUGGAUCCCACCCGGGACCAGUGCUUUGGGGACAGGUUCAGUCGUUUUUUGCUGGAUGAGUUCCUCGGUUACGACGACAUCCUCAUGUCCAGCGUGAAGGCCUUGGCCGAAAACGAGGAAAACAAAGGGUUCCUUCGCAACGUGGUGUCCGGCGAACACUACCGCUUCAUCAGCAUGUGGAUGGCCAGAACGUCGUACCUGGCGGCCUUCGUCAUCAUGGUGAUCUUUACGCUCUCUGUCUCCAUGUUGCUGCGAUACUCACAUCACCAGAUCUUCAUCUUUAUCGUGGACCUGCUGCAGAUGCUGGAAAUGAACAUGACGAUCGCUUUCCCCGCGGCCCCCUUGCUGACAGUCAUCUUGGCUUUAGUAGGCAUGGAAGCGAUCAUGUCCGAGUUCUUCAACGACACCACCACGGCCUUCUACAUCAUCCUCAUCGUCUGGCUGGCCGACCAGUACGACGCCAUCUGCUGCCACACCCACACCAGCAAGCGGCACUGGCUGAGGUUCUUCUACUUGUACCACUUCGCCUUCUACGCCUACCAUUACCGCUUCAACGGGCAGUACAGCAGCUUGGCCCUGGUCACCUCGUGGCUUUUCAUUCAGCAUUCCAUGAUCUACUUCUUCCACCACUACGAGCUGCCGGCCAUCCUGCAUCAGAUCCGGAUCCAAGAGCUGCUCCUCCACAACCAGCAGUUCGGGGCCCAAAGUGCCCUUCAGGACAACCUCAACAACAACACGACCCUUCGCCCCACCAGCCAGGCUGGCCGGGAGCCCCACGCGGAUGCUGACGGGGACGAUGGCUCCGAGGAUGAAACGGCCGCGAUCGUCGCCGCCGCCACCGUCGCCGCCGUCAACUCCCUGUCGACUGACUUGAGCUGGGUGGCCGAUACGGCGGCUGUGAUCACAGAGGCCACCUUCCUGUCCAACUUGGGUGGCUCCUUUGUGGACCCAGACAUCGCCCUGCAAGUGGCGAAUACCCGGGGCCCAGAGAACCUGGUGGACCCUUUCGGUUCGUUCACCCGAAGCUCGAUCAGCGGGCAGGUUGCCCCGUCUCCUCCGAGCCCCUCGGGGGCCACUUGCACUUCUCAGCGUCUUGCGACAGAUACCGUGUUGUCUUCUGCCGCCGCCCCGCUUCAACCUGCACCUGGGGCUGCCCCAGAGCUCUCGGGGGGCUCGGCUAGCCCAGCCACACCAAACAGAGACUGCCCUGUGCCAGGCUUCGCCGGGGGAGGACCCCCGCGUCCAUCCCCUGAGGAGGAGCUGCCAGAGACGGGCCCCUGCGCAGUGUCCCCGGACAGUAUGACUGCCCCCGAGCCUGAGUUCCGCUGCAUCUCCUGAGCGCCCUCCCUGCCACAGGCCCGGCCUUUCCAUUCUCAUCCGUUGGUCUUUCCCCGUGCACUCAUAAUUCCUCCUCCAGGUGAGAGGCCCUAGGCCAGGUGUGAGGGUGCUCCCUCUCCCACAAGCCCAGGAGUCAAAAAGUGAAUAAAAAGAGGGGCUGCCCCACUAAAGUCCCAGUUCCGGUUCCUCCCCCUUGUGGCUUCGGCACCUUUCCCCACGUGGCACAGUGAGGCCCAUCUGCCCCUUGGGAAUCAUGGGAUUCCCGUGAUACUGGCUGGAGAAGUUGGCCUAGUUUUGACAGGGACGCUUAUCGCUUCGCUUAGUUCCCUCAGGAAAGAAUCUUCCAGGGAGGCCAGAAAAUACAGAGUGGUGAACUGCUUGGGAUGAAGGCUGGGCCACUGGGAAAACAAGCCGGCCCGCGAGUUUAUUAACUCAUGCCCCCCGGCUCUGCUCCUUUUAGCGGCCUGGGGGACUCCCAUGCUGGCUGCUUAAGAAGGCCACCCUGUGGCCUUCGACCGUGCGGGCUGUGUCUACUUCUGUAGACGUGGCCUCUCCCACAGCAAAAUGUGAACAAAGCCUCUUUCUUUGAAAGGGAGAGGCAGGGAGUUCCUCAGUCCUGUGCCAUGGCUGGAAAGAAGCGCUGUUGGUUUUUCUCUUGUGGAGCUGACCCUCUUCGGCCACUGGCCGUGUCCCCAGAACCCCAGGGACAGGUCGCACGCGGCUUUUGCUCCAGAACAAGGUCCUGCAUGGAAAUGAUACCAGGAGAGGCAAUGUGUGCCAUUGCUGGCUGAUCUGGGAGCACUGGCCGCUCUCCUGUUUUCACUCCAGUGCUGGCAAAUGCUUUGAGAUGGGAGCGAUCGGCCUGUAUUGGAAGGGAAUGAAGCCAAGGGGCCAUUAGCUUCCGCAGAAUUUUAAGCUGCCUUGAAAGCGAAGUUUUUCCCGGUGUUGCCAAGUCAUCUCCUGAACUCCUGCAUAGCUCUUUGCUUUCGCCCUUGCCCAGGUGAUUUCCCAUCCACCCCCCCCCCCCAGCCCUAUUUUCAGUUUUUGCUGCACAGUGGCUUGGAAUAUUUUUUCUGCAGCCCCAGUGCCUUUUUAUCAGAGGGACACCUUUUAGCUGUGUUUUGAAGGUUUCUUAAUCUGCUUUCUGGAAACAAAGAAUAGAAGGGGACGCCCAACCCUAACCCCCACAGAUCAGGGGCAGCGGUACGCAGCAUCGUAACUGGUUUUAGCCGGGCAACAGCAUUUGCCCUGAAACCGGGGCACUGGAGUGCUUUGUGGGCUUGUGAAAACGGGAUGGGUUUGAGCCAUGUGAAUUCCUGGAAUCUUCUCUUGCCUUCAUGGGAGGAGAGACAGAAUGCAGUGCCAGGGAUAAUUUUAAAAAGCAUUAGCUCCUACCCAAUGGGAAGCUCUCUUCAGAGAUGGGUGCACGUGCCCGGAAUUGCUCUUUUCGGCAAGGAAUGCCGUAAACUGUGUGCUCGCGAAGCGCUGGCAUGUGUGGGAGGCGGGGAUGCUUGCAGCAUGGAACAGAUUCAUUCUAAGCCGGCUAGACGGCAACCGUCGCAGCCUGUUGCUUUCGGUUUUCGAAGAAUAACCGUUGGCUAACUGGGUCGUCUUGCAGGCCGGAAGGGGCGGCAAGGCUGGAGAUGCGCGCUUUGCCCUCCUAGGCGGGGCGGUGGCACGAGCCAUUUGGGGGCAAUGGAUUGGCGCGAUCUUGGACCAUGCACUGCUUCCUGCCCUGCCCUGCCCUGUCCUGCCGCCCGGUUUGGCUACUGGGGGCUUUCAGGGUUAGGGUUGUUGGGGGCAAGGAGAGGGUAUCCAACCAAAUCACACUAAGAAUGAGAGUAGGAUUCAUUCUAUUUAAUGUACAAAAUAUUUUUAUGUAUAUAUAUUAUAUAUAUAUAUAAUAAAUGCUAUAUCUAACAGCGU